AGCAGCAGUAAAUCGUACGUGCUCCGUCAAACUGUGAUUUAGUAUAUAAACAACAAGUGGUUUCCGCCCAAGAGAAGGAACAACUACAGAUUUCUUCUUCCUUCCAGAUCUUAGCUUCGCUUUCAUCUUUCCCCCCUUUCCAGUCGUUGUAAUUAACCCCAUUCCCUUCUUUCUAUCAACAUGAAGUUCACCGCUAUCGCCACUGCCACUCUCGCCAUCGCCGGUAUGGCCUCCGCUAUCCAUCCCAUCCAUUCCUGCCAGGAACGUUACGUUGCCCGCGUCGGUGAAACCGUUUCCGAUGUUGCCACCAAGUUUGACAUCCCUGUCGAAAGUUUGAACAAGUGGAACCACGGUCUUCAAGGUGCCACCGGUAACUUGAACGGCAAGUCCAUUUGUGUCAAGGCCCCCAAGACCAAGGCCAAGCGCUGCCUUGCUGAGAAGAAGGCUGCCGCUGCCAAGAAGGCCGCCGCUGAAAAGGCCGCCGCCGAAAAGGCUGCUGCUGACAAGAAGGCUGCUGCCGACAAGGAAAAGGCUGAGGAAAAGCCCAAGGAGGAGGUAAAGCCCAAGAAGGAAGAGAAGCCUUCGCAGCCCGCUCAACAGGACGACUCCAAGUUGAACAAGGCCAAUCACAUUGUCGCCAACUGCAAGAAGUUCUACACCAUCACUCCUCAGGACGGUGGCUGUGUUGACGUUGCUGCCAAGAACGGCAUUGACGUUGAACAGCUCUACAGCUGGAACAAGGGUCUUCACCACGCUGGUGAUCACAUCUGUGACAACCUCGACACUGGCAAGGCUUACUGUGUUGGUGUUUAAAUCCCUCCAUUCUCCCCAUCACCAACCACCUGUACUAAUACAAAGAAUAUUCCCUUACAUGAAAAACAACAAAAAUAAAAACUACACAUUGUUGGAUGUACUGUUUAUUCAAAGAGCUUUUUGAAUCCAUAUGAAUUUAUCUUUUAUCGUACUGUGUCAUGUUC